UUUACUUUCACCAAAGGUCAGGUCGUUUUUGUUUUUGCUGAUUCAGCCGAAAAGCAUCACUCAUUUAACUCAUUUUUUAGUUGUGUCUGGUCAUAUUCAGUUGUGAAACAUGGCAUGGGAACCUAAACGUGUCAGGCUGCUGUGCAUGCUGUCGCUAACUUUUGGAUUUUUCAUAGUCGAAGUUGUUGUCAGCAGAAUUACCUCUUCUCUUGCCAUGCUUUCGGACUCGUUUCACAUGCUGUCCGAUGUGAUAGCAUUAGCGGUGGCUCUUGUGGCCGUGCGCUUUGCAGAAAUCACUAAGUCCACUGCCAAGAAUACCUUUGGCUGGGUCAGGGCUGAAGUGAUGGGCGCAUUGGUUAAUGCCGUGUUCCUGACAGCGUUGUGCUUCACGAUCCUGCUGGAGGCCGUGGAGCGCUACACAGUUCCUCAUGAAAUCGAAAAUCCACGGGCUGUUAUCUGGGUCGGCGCUGCUGGUCUUCUCGUCAACCUGUUGGGCCUCUUUCUGUUCCAUGAACACGCUGGACAUGGACAUUCUCAUUCGCAUUCUCAUUCUCAUUCACACGGGGCCAAGAAGAGCAAAGCAGAGAAAUCCAAUAAAACCGGACGUGGUGAUGGGACACCAGAAGACCUUUCUUGUAACCUAGUCAUGAACAUCGGGAAAGAGAAGAAAAGUGCUCAGGUGCGCUGCAACGAUGAGGUGGCGGUCCAGUUAAAUGGCGAGGUGCACGUGGAGGAGGUGGACGUGGAGGCCAGCCACGGCGGCUCUCAGCUCAACAUGCACGGCGUUUUCCUCCACGUCCUCGGCGACGCCCUGGGCUCCGUCAUCGUGGUCGUGAACGCUCUCAUCUUCACCUACGUCUGGCGGCCGUGUCCCUCCACAGGGCCGUGCCACAACCCCUGCUUCACCCAGCACUGCCCUCACCAGCACCACCAUCCGCCCUCUAACGGGACAUCGUCGUCCUCGGAGGAGGCCGCGGCCGUGCCCACUGCUGGGCCCUGCUGGGUGCUGUACCUUGACCCCACCCUGUGUGUGGUGAUGGUCUGCAUCCUGCUCUACACCACCUACCCUCUGCUGCGGGAGUCUGCGCUGAUCCUGCUGCAGACGGUGCCCAAGAGCGUGGACGUGCAGCGCCUGCGCAUCCGUCUGCGCAGCCUGGAGGGCGUGCUGGCCGUGCACGAGCUGCACGUCUGGCAGCUGGCCGGCAGCCGCAUCAUCGCCACGGCGCACAUCAAGUGCCACGACCCCGACGCCUACAUGGAGGUGGCCAAGCGCGUCAAGGGCAUGUUCCACGACGAGGGCAUUCACGCCACCACCAUCCAGCCCGAGUUCGGGGGCAGUAGCGUCUUGGGGCUGGAUGUCGGCGGAUCUGCAGCCACCCUGUGCGAGCUGCCUUGUCAGGUCCAGUGUGCCCCAAAGCAGUGCUGUGGUGGGACUGGGGCUCUGGCUAUCGUCCCAGCCGCCGCCACCGCUAGCAGACGGAGCAGGCAGCAGGAACCACAGCGCCGGGGUCAGUAUCAGUCGCACAGUGGGACGGCUGUGACCUACACAGAGGACCAAGGGGCCGAGGUCCGCCUGCAGAAAGACGACUCGGAGUCCUCUGUGUGAGAUCUGGUUUUAUCAAAACCUCUGAGGUGGACGGCAAAGUUUAAUUUGUCAACCGUUUCAUAUUCUGCACAGAUAUCAUUCCUCCCCGUCUUUCAUAUUUUUCUGUUUCUCUCCUUCUCUACUGACCUGAAACAUGGGAUUUUCCACUGAAAGCUUUUAGACUUGUGACUGACCCAGAAAGGCCAGGGGUCUUGUCUGGAAUGUGAAUGUGCCUACUGGACCAAUCUACUGUAUGCAUCAUGUGAGCAUCACAUUAGUAAUAGUGAAUGAAUGCAUGGAUUGGACCAGGAAACAGCCUAUCGUACUUUGCCAAGUUAUUUUGCUACAAGCUACCUCUUUGGACGUCUUCAGCAAGCUACUGUAUCUAAAAACUGGUGUUCCCCAUCAGUUACCGGUACAGCUACACUGUAUCUGAAAUCUAGUGUUGCGUGAUCGCAAUCUGGGAAAGUCACUGAUUAAUUUGAAGAGUGCCUGAAUGGACCUUUUUUUCCUUGCCUCAGGCAUGUUUUUUUUGUUCUUUUUCAGAGUUUUAUAAUCAUAAAAGAGUGUGUCUGAUUAUAAACGUUUUAUAAUGACUUUA